UAAACUACCCUUAAUAGUAUUGUGUUCUUGAAGGUAUGGCUGUGGAGUUGACGGACUAUUUAUGAUUGGUUUGAUCAAGACAAGAUGAGGUUAAGUGAGGUCAACUUCUUGCGUCGCAUCAUCAAUAGCCCAUAUCAUCCAUUCCAUGUCAAAAUCAAACCAGAUGUAUGGCAGAAACGUGAACAGCUUAGGAGAUUUGUUGCUUGGCAAUAUGGUUUCCAACGAACUACCGUACGAAGAGGUUUAAGGAAAUUGAAUAAACUAUAUACGUAUUUGAGUAUGCAACGUGAAGAUGCCCCAAGAUUGGAGAAAUAUUAUGCAGAAGAACGAGUGAGAGCAGCCCUUGCUGAGUAUCAUUUCGAUUAUGCACCCUUUCGGAAUAUGCUUGCAAAAGCACAUAUUCUGUUAGACAACAUUGUCAUCUCGCAACUUGCAAUCUACGAACCGGAAUCCUUUAAGAGUUUGGUUAUGUUGACAAAGCAAAUGGCACUCGAAGAUGGACGUUCGGUUGUUACGGAUGAAGAGCAAAGGAACGUGCACACUGACCAAUCACUAUUUGGUACUCCAUUCGAACAUUCUAAAAUAUUUCCUCGAGGAGUUGCAGAAAAUCACCAGAAACCUCCAAGGCCGCUCAAAAUUACGGAGUAUUGAGUGCACUUCCUAACAUUUGAACUUUUAUCUGUUAUUUCCGUUUUUAUUAUAAAAUAUUUUUAAUAUAAAUCAUUGGACAGAUGACAUUUUCAUGCUACUGAUAUCGAGAGACAGUUUCAAGUUGGUCUUGUGAUUUUGUAAGCUGGAGGAUAUUAUCUUCACAUCCUUAUUUAUGUAUCAUAAUGAGAAAGCAGCAUAAAUUUACCAUACAGCCAAGUAAAUAGUGCAGAAGAACACAAUAAAGCCAUAAAACGGAAAAAGCGACGAAUUCAAUCAUGCACGAAUAAAGGGAAAUAGGAUGAAAUACAACUUCUAUACUUCAAAUUUCCCAUAUUUAUAUUGAAAAUUUAGAACGAUAACAUAAAAUUAUCGUAAAGUAAUCCGUACUUCGGAAUAACAGGUAUGAUUUGGUUACUGAAGAAGUUAAUUUGGCUACCCCCUCC